CGGGGCGGGCGGCGGAGCGGAGCUCUCCCCGCCGGGCAGUGCCCCCCCAGGCGUGGGGAGCAGCCCGGGGGGGAGGGGGGGGCAGCGGUCGAGCCGCCCUGAGAUCUCCGGGGCGGCAAAUGGUUAUGAGCCUUAGAGUUUCUGAGCUGCAAGUACUUCUGGGCUACGCAGGGAGGAACAAGCACGGACGGAAACACGAACUUCUCACGAAAGCACUGCAUUUGUUAAAGGCUGGCUGCAGUCCUGCUGUACAAAUGAAAAUCAAAGAACUCUAUAGGCGAAGGUUCCCCCAGAAAAUCAUGACACCUGCAGACUUAUCUCUCUCCAGCGUACACUCAAGCUCCAUGCCAGCAGCUUUGUCUCCAUCUACCAUUCCACAGCUCAGUUACGAUGCCCACCCCGCCACGUCACCAUUGCUCCCCGUUUCGCUUCUGGGACCUAAACAUGAACUGGAACUCCCCCACCUCACAUCUGCGCUCCACCCUGUCCAUCCCGACAUCAAACUUCAGAAGUUACCUUUUUACGACUUGUUGGAUGAGCUGAUAAAACCUACCAGCCUAGCAUCAGAUAACAGUCAGCGAUUUCGAGAAACCUGCUUUGCAUUCGCACUGACGCCACAGCAAGUGCAGCAAAUCAGCAGUUCAAUGGAUAUUUCUGGGACCAAAUGCGACUUCACAGUACAGGUCCAGCUAAGGUUUUGUUUAUCAGAAACCAGUUGUCCACAAGAAGAUCACUUCCCACCCAAUCUGUGUGUGAAAGUAAAUGGGAAACCAUGCAGCCUUCCAGGCUAUCUUCCACCAACCAAAAAUGGUGUUGAACCAAAGCGACCUAGCAGACCAAUCAACAUUACCUCACUCGUCAGAUUGUCUACGACGGUACCAAACACAAUCGUUGUUUCGUGGACUGCAGAAAUUGGAAGAAACUAUUCCAUGGCAGUCUAUCUCGUAAAGCAGCUGUCCUCUACGGUGCUACUGCAGAGGUUACGAGCAAAAGGAAUACGGAACCCCGAUCACUCGAGAGCAUUAAUCAAAGAGAAACUGACUGCAGAUCCAGACAGUGAAAUAGCAACGACAAGCUUAAGAGUUUCUCUUCUUUGUCCGCUUGGCAAAAUGAGGCUAACCAUACCAUGCAGGGCUCUGACCUGUUCACACCUGCAGUGUUUUGAUGCCACUUUAUACAUCCAGAUGAAUGAGAAGAAACCAACUUGGGUUUGCCCUGUCUGUGACAAGAAGGCACCCUAUGAACAUCUCAUUAUUGAUGGGUUGUUCAUGGAAAUCCUGAAGUAUUGUACAGACUGUGAUGAAAUUCAGUUUAAGGAGGAUGGCUCAUGGGCUCCUAUGAGAUCGAAGAAGGAAGUGCAGGAAGUGACCACAUCUUACAAUGGAGUUGAUGGAUGCAUAAGCUCUUCCUUAGAACAUCAGGUGUCUUCUCACCAGCAAUCAAACAAAAAUAAGAAGGUAGAAGUGAUUGAUUUGACCAUUGACAGCUCGUCAGAUGAAGAGGAGGAGGAACCCUCUGCAAAGAGAAGCUGUCCUUCCAUAUCUCCAGCAUCACCAAUGAAUAAUAAGGGUAUUUUGAAUUUACCCCAUCAAGCAUCUCCUGUGUCAAGAACACCAAGCCUUCCUGCUGUUGACACCAGUUACAUCAACACAUCACUUAUCCAAGACUACAGGCAUCCAUUCCAUAUGACACCUAUGCCUUAUGACUUGCAAGGUUUAGAUUUCUUCCCUUUCCUGUCAGGAGACAAUCAGCAUUACAACACAUCCCUUCUUGCCGCUGCAGCUGCGGCAGUUUCUGCAUCAGAUGAUCAAGAACUCUUACACUCUCGUUUUUUCCCAUACACUUCAUCUCAGAUGUUUCUCGAUCAGCUAAAUGCAGGAGGAAGCAGUUCUCUGCCAGCCACAAACGGUAGCAAUAGUGGCAGUAACAGCAGUCUUGUUUCCUCCAACAGCCUGCGAGAGAAUCAUGGUCAUCCAGUUGCAAGUAGGAGCGGCGCGGACACGGCGUCUAUCUUUGGUAUCAUAUCAGACAUUAUUUCCUUGGACUGAUUUUUGGAGAAAACGAACUGGUCAGAGGAAGUCUUUGUGCUUGGUUUUACUUUAUGUUAGAAACAUAGACAGGUUUUUUUCCUUUUUUAGGGAAAAAAAUUUACAUGUACAGAGAACAAAACUAUAUUUUCAGUUUUACUUUUGUAUAUAAAUCUAAGAUGGCCUCACAGAUAAAAAAAAAAAAUAACAAAAAAAAAAACCC